UAAGCCAUAUUGGCCUUGAAAAGCUUAGGCUCAGACAAGGUAGUACACAGUUUUAAUCCCAAGAGAUCUCUGAGUUCAAGGUCAGCCUGGGACAAAGCAAGUCCUAGAUCCAGGGGUGGUGGUACACACCUUUAUUCUGGGCCAUACCUUCUGCUGGAGACCCAUAUAAAAUAAGAAAAUUGGAAGAAGGAAGAUUCACUCUUCUCGCCUGCUUGCAUUGACUUGUCAGCUCAUCUGUUGGAACCUACAGAAGACCAGCUGAAACAACUAGCCUUGUGGGACUGAGCAACUACUAGAUUCUUGGACUUCCCAAUCAUAGCUGCCCAUCAUUGGGGUAGUUGGACCACAAACUGCAGGAAGCUAUGUGAAGGAAUCUUCUGAUGUCAUAAUUCUGGGUGUCACUGGAACAUUUGAUCACCAUUCCUUUGGCAAGUCUAGCCUUCUAUGGAAAGUCAGUAGAAGCAAUUGAUUUAUUCACCUCUACAGGAAUCAGACUUGGCCUAUUUUGGAUUUCAGUGAAUUAUGCCUUUUCGGUUUGGGACCCAGCCAAGGAGGUUUCCAGUGGAAGGAGGAGACUCUUCAAUUGAGCUAGAAUCAGGCCUGAGCUCCAGUGCUUCCUGUAACGGGAAAGAGACGUCACCCAAUAGGCAGCUCCGAAGAUGCCCUGGAAGUCAUUGCCUGACAAUUACUGAUGUUCCCAUCACUGUCUAUGCAACAAUGAGAAAGCCACCUGCACAAAGCAGCAAGGAAAUGCCUCCCAAGUAGCGUCCUUAAGUCUUCUGUGAGGGUUGACUAGGUCAAGGGCAAUGGGCCAGUAUCAUCUCAUGGUCUGCCUGGUAAACAAAUAAAGGUGGUGGCACUAAUUGGGUGAUGACAA